AUGGCUUCAGUGUGGUCUUGGAAUGAUCUGCUUAAAGGUUUCUGUUCUUGUAGCAAUUCAACAACUGCACAAACCAGUGAACCUAUUUCCAAAAUAAAAGAGACGGAAAAACAAAACAAUUCUAAUAAAACAACAUUAUCAACAACAACUUCUUUAAAUUCUGAUAUUAAUAAUAUAUGGGGAAUGGAUCAGUCUUGGUGUUCUUCAACCUUAGGGUGGGUACUUAUUUUAAAUUAA